AAGAUACCCAGCGCAUUUGCUCAGGACUGCGAUAGGCCUAACAUUUCAAAGUGCUGUGUAAAUACUGAUUUUUUAUCAUUUUUAUGAAGUCAUGGAAAAAGAACAGUUCUUGUGCUCUAUUUGCCUGGACAAAUUUAUUCAGCCAAGAAUCACCGAUUGUCUUCAUUCUUUUUGUGAAAAUUGUCUUUUCACUUUCGUUUUGGAAGCACAGAAGAAAACGUCAUUUUCGAAUGGAACUUGUAGUGGCUUUGAAUGUCCAGUUUGCAGGAAACAAAUUGAUCUCCCUUCAGCCGAAGUGACAAAUCAAUGGAUAAAGGACACAUUUCCACUGGAUAUGAAAAUGAUCAAACGUAUGGAAAUCGAAAACGAAAGUAGCGUCAGUACAGAUGAAACCGAUGUAGACCUACAUCAUAAUAUCACGGACAACUCCGAUAAAGUCCUGUGCGCACCUUGCAAAGAAAGUGGAAUGAAGCAUUUUGCUAUUAAGUUUUGUUUGAAUUGUUGCGAGGCUCUAUGUAAAACUUGUUGCGAUUGGCAUAAAAAAUUCAAGCUGUUUAAGCAACACGAUGUUGUCCUUCUGUCCUCAUGCAAACUGUUUAAAUCCCAAAAGUUAACUGAUAGAUUUGAGAAGUAUACAAAGUGCAGAAAACACUUAGAUAAAGAUAUAAUGGCAUUCUGCAAAAUACAUGUGUGUUUCUGUUGUCUUCACUGUGUGACAUACGAGCACCGGGAAUGUAAAGUAAUACAUACUAAAGUUACCGGUGAUGAGGCGAAAAGCAAGGCAAACAUGGUUGCUGAAAUGUAUACAAAUGCACACGAACACAUAAAUUUUCUGCUAAAACUUGAAAAAGAUAACAGAGAUUCAUUGCUGUCAAACAUUGAAGAAGUAUCGGAUAAAAUCCAGUCUUUCAAAGACGAAAUUAUGAACAAAUUGAAUGAACAAUACGCUGACACCAUGUCCCGUCUCAAAGAAAUUAGGUUGCUUAUUGAAGAAAACACUGAAAAUGAACCCAGACUUAUCGAGAUGAGAGAAAGUUGUGGUAAACAGCUGGAAUAUCUUAAGGCAUUGAAUGAUUGCAAAUCAAAUGAGCAUGUGUUUAUACUGUCUCAAGCGGUUCAGUCUGAAUUUAGUGACUUAGAAACAGAUCUACAAAACAUUGAUAUGACUAUCAAAGGUAGUCGCUUGACGCUUGAAAUUUGCGGCGAGCUCAAGCAUUUGAAGGAUAAACUACAGACUCAUGGCAGACUUAUUGGGGUGAAACUUGAAACAGUUCCUUUGGAUCAUAAAGCAUUUGUUGUCACUGAAGAUUUGGCACAUGAUUUUGAAGUGGAGAAAAUGUCUCCAUUGAAAAUAGACGUACCUGACCUUUGUUCACCAAUAUUUUCAUCUACAUGCAACACUGAUGAAAACCUAGUUUUGUUCGACACUUAUUCUUCUGAUUUGUAUUCUUACAGUUUAUCAAAUAAGACAGCUUCUAGUUUCAGGGUCAGCAAUGCACACAGUGUCUUACAAAUUGGCAACAAUAAAUUCAUUGUUAGUAAACCAGAAUUAUCCACGGUAUCUGUGAUAAAAUGUGUUGACGGAGAAUUGUCUAGUAUCGCUUCUUGGAAACUAGAAGUGAAACCAUAUAUAAUAUGUCACAUGACUGACAGCGCAUAUGUGGUAUCAACGCAAAAACCUCUGGGAUUUCUCUUUUUCAAUAUCAUAUUGGACUUAAACCGUCUCCAAAUGAAAAAGCAUCUUACGCACAAUAAAGCUGGGAAAGAAAUCAAAGCAACGGAAUAUUUUAUCGUUGAUGUCAAACGAAUGCGCUUGAUCCAAACCUGUUUAGAGUCCAACGAAGUAAACUGUCGGACAUUUGAUGGAGAAGAAGUCUUCUGCUUCAAAAACAGUGUAUUGGAAUGCCCACAAGGAGUAACUUUGGACAAAAAUGGCAAUAUUUACGUUUGUAAUCAUUCUUAUUUCAAACCUAGUGUAAUCGUCCUAUCAGCUGAAGGAAUAUUAUUGAAUGAGAUUAAAGAAGAUGUCCCAUGAAAGCCGAUGGCUAUAUGCUCAGAUAAGACUGGAAAGAGAUUUUGGCUCACAUCAAACUAUAUCGAAAGUAGUGAUCGAGUAAGCGGCUUUGAACUUGUGAAAAUUGCAAGCCCUUGCAUAUAGUUCGUUUCAGAUUGCUUAGAUGUGAAUCUUGAAACUUUGGCAAAACGGGUGACUUAACCUUUUGAAAAUUUGAUUUAUUCAUAAACUAAUUAGUCAAGUGCUUAACGGCAUACAUAUUUAUCCCUUAUGCCGCUGGAAUUGACCCUGAAGACGUAUUUCCAAUGAAAAAUCGUUGCUUGAAAAUAACCAGACUGGGAGAAAAAAUUCAAAUUCUCACAAACUUGAAUAUAAGUUUAACUUGGAUAUUGUUUCCUGCUCGUAUAUAACCAAAUUUAAGUUGUUGCAAACACUUGAAUAUGAAGUAUUGAUAGUAUCUUUGUACUAAUUUAUAUGAGAUGAUAUGUGUUUUUGCAGAAGUUUAAUUUAUUUACUCUAUGUAUUGUCAUGUUAAAUCUCAUACAUUUUAAGUUACACAUACUCAGCCCAGAUAUUUUAUGCCUCGAAGUCAAAGACCUGUAACGUUUGUAGUAUUUGAACUGUCCGUCCGCCCAUUCGACCGUCAGUUAGUCUUGUACUCAACUCGAAUAUAUACCAUCAACAUGAAGUUGACAUGCGCAUAUCGUCGGGAUGUACAUUUUCGACUUUUUAAUUAAUACCUUUUCUUGGACUUAUAAGUUGGACUUAUUACUUUUGAAUAGUACAUGUUCACAUGCCCAUUAUGUACUUAACAUUUCGUACAGUUUCUGGCCAAUUCAUUUAAGAGUUUGUGUACAUCAUCACUAUAGAAUAUACAAUUACAUCGAUUCAAGCAUUGUGAUUAAUUGAGUUAAAAUUACAUUGCAAAUGUAAUUAAUUACAUUCAAUUACUUUACCAAAUUGGGUUACAAUCCAGCACACUUCUUACACGAACACUGAUCAAAGUUAUUGUGACAAAUAUUCAAUCAAACAAUCACUUAAAUGCGUUAUUGUACGUGUAUUAUCUCACCUGCUUCCUUUUGUCGUUCGCAGCGGAUGGCAACCAUGAUAAUUACUUUUUCAAGCCCGCGGGACAUUCUGGUAAUAUAGGACGCUGUUGCAGCUUUCUUCAACAGGUACACACAAACAUUGUGAUAUCUCCGCACAUAAUGAUGUUGUAGCGAACAGUAUCAAUAGUCUCCAGAAUACAACAUACUCAAAUAAGAUAAAAUGAUACUAAUUAAGAUUAUAUACUAGUAUUAUUCGCAAAUAUAGAAAGGAAUUGAUGAACUUUUCAAUCAUAAUCGGUGGCAUAAAAACCAACAUAUCAUGAACGAACACGCGCAAGUAUUAUUCAGUUGAUUUAAGAGUUCGACUUUCGAUUUAGAUAUAAUUUAUUUAGGGACAUAUCCCUCUUUGCAAGAACACAAUUUUGUCGUGAUUUUCUUUGAUGGUGUAAGUAAUAUGUCUGUGUACACUUUGUACGGAUUUAACAAAUCCUGCGACUUUCGUAUUUAUAAAGACUUUAUUAGCAUCGACAUUAACAGCUCUCAGUUUCACUACUUUUCUUCAAAGAAUUAACGUGACCUUAGAUAUAAUUAUUUAAUGAUUCGUUUAGCGCAUGUUCUGAUAGGUUUUUGAUUUUUUUUUUAUAAUAAUGUUUAUGAUUUUUAGAUUAUUUAUAAAAGAGAAUCCGCCAUAGCGGUAUCAUGCGUAUUAUAUAUCCGCCAUUUUGGAGGAAGCUUGUGAGACAUGGCAACAAUAUCCAAGGUGGCAUUCCUUAUUGGAUAUAUGCAUUGCCAUGAGAAAGUCGCGGCCGUUCCAUACUGAAUUGUGUUUUUUUUUUCUUUUAUACUGAUGAAUUAGCUGUAGUGGGUAUGAUAGACGCAUUAGGGCGGCAAACCCAGACAUUAUAACUUUAUUGUAUGUAUAUGUAAAUAUAAUAUUAUUUUGAUUGCAAUACAUUAGGUUUAUAUACAGUGCAGUUCUAUGCAAUGACCAACACUGGCAUUAACUUUCACUGGUGUGCAAUUUAAAAACAAGUUACAUAAUAACCGCAUAAAUAUUGUUUCCCAAAGUAAUGCAUUGCAUUUGUUUAUUAAUUACAUCCCUUUAAUAUGAUAAUAAAAUCUUAUAUAACAAUUUUAUUUCCUUUCUCUUACCAAUUUAAAGAUAAAAUCGCAUUAAAUCUUUAAAAUACAUAUACCAACAUUUGAAAGCUUUCACCGAUUAUUGAUUUCCAGACAUUUUCAUAGUACAUGCCUCUUCAUGAAUUAUAUGAGAUAAAAUUAUUAUUCAUA